GAAAGGGUGACACGCCCGCCCACUUCUAAGGAACUGGCAGGAGCCAGCCUCAGAGGACAGGAGGGGAUUUAGGGUCCAGGAGGAGCUCAAGACAACAAGUGUGGGCUGAGCGAGCUGAACACAGCCACUGUCAGCAGGCAGCCAGCAGGGGCACAGCGACUGGGUAGUGAACACUGUCCAGAGCACCCACGGAAGCCAGCCAGGAUGCUGUCCAUAUUCAAUAUCUGGGGCACCUUCAACAGAGUGCUCUUCUUCCUCAGCCUCAUUGUCAGCCUUGCAGGGCUGGCGGGCAACACGCUGCUGCUCUGGCACCUCGGUCUGCGCAUCAAGAAGGGCCCCUUCAACACCUACCUGCUGCACCUGGCCGCCGCUGAUUUCCUCUUCCUCUCCUGUCAAGUUGGCUUCUCUAUUGCCAAGAUCGUGUCGGGCUAUGAGGACACACUCUACUUCCCGGUCACCUUCCUGUGGUUUGCUGUAGGGCUCUGGCUGCUGUCUGCCUUCAGUGUGGACUGCUGCCUCUCCUACAUGCUCCCCUCCUUUUGUGGCCCCAACUGCCGCCCCAGGUACACUUCAUUCGUCCUCUGCCUCGUGAUCUGGGCCCUGACCAUGCUGGCGGUGCUGCUGCCAGCCAAUGCCUGUGGCCUGCUGUACAAUGGAAUGAGUCUGCUGGUUUGCCUCAAGUACCACUGGGUCAGCGUUGUCUGGCUAGGGGUGCUUGCUAGCACGGCGUGUGGUGCAAGCCUGUUUCUCUUAGUCUUUGGGAACUGCUGUUCUUCACAGCUACCCCCCAAAUUCUGCAAGUUGGCCCAGUGCUCCGGGAUCCUUCUGUUCUUCUGUCGCCUGCCCCUGGUUUUCUACUGGUGCCUGCGGCCAGUCAUAAAAUUCUUGCUUCCCUUUUUCUUCCCACUGGCCACCCUCCUGGCCUGCAUUGACAGCAGUGCAAAGCCCCUCUUGUACUACCUGAAGGGCAGGCAGCUCAGGAAGGAGCCACUGCAGGUAGCCCUAAACAGGGCUCUAGGGGAAGAGUCUCAGUCAAGUAGUGGGGGGAUAUCCCUCCCCAUGAGCCGAGUGUAGAUAGUGACUCAUACACCCACCUGCCCUGCCCUCGUAGCUGCCAGGGGAUCCCAGUCUUGCUCAAACCUCUGCCAUGGUCCAGCUCUGGUCCUCAGGACUUUGUGGCUUCCUCUUGUAAGCAGGGGCGAAGGUGUCAGGAACCAUAACAGGACAAGCUAAUAACUAGCAGGUGAUCAUCCUGAAAUGGCCUGCCUCGGAUUAUUAUAUAAUCUGGGACUGGUUCGCCCUUAUUAAGCAAGGGUGUAAAGGAUUCAUUUUGGGAAAGAUUCCUGCUAUUAAAAUGCUUUUCCUCUUGUUAUCAUUAGACAUAUAUCACAAUCAUUGAGUAAUAGCACAUCCCUUUAGAGCAGAUCUCUGCAGAUGUACGAAGAUGUACUGUCUCUUAGUGAUGCUAUAUAGACAAAUAGAUGACCUCUUAAGUCUUACUAUGAUCCUAUAAAAAUUCCUAAAAUUAUAACGUGAUUGUUAAGCUCUUUUAUAGUGGGACCGCUAUUAAGUCUUUCUCUGACAAUUAAAACUGCAGUGAGAACUCUGCCAGUCUCCCAGUCUGGUGUCACUAGUUAAUUGCUCUUAGAUAGUAACCAGAUUUUCUCCCACUCAGAGCACAUUCCAAGAGGUUGUAAUACAGUUAUCAAGGUCAUAAAAAGAGAACAAAUGAUUUAUUACAGGUUCAAGGACAAAGGAUAAAACAUUGACUGGGUUUAUCU